GUACAAGUACUACAACCUUUUUUCAAUUCAUCAUCAAGCCAUACAACUUCUUACAUGCUCCAGAUAUUAUACGACUUGUCAACUUUUUUUUACAGGUUCUGGACGAUGAAUAAGAUCAGCUAGAACCAUCAGUCAGUGCAGCCAUAGGAAUUGAUAGGAAUUGAAGAAGAUAACUAGAUGAUGGAGUAAGAUUUUAAUCAGUAUAGUUUGGAAAGUUUUUAAGAAAUAGGUCAUUUGUUUGAAAUAGCUUAGAAUUAAGUUCAGGAAAAAAAAUUGUUUUGAAAAAAAGUGUACAAUUAAUAUUUCAAAAAGUAUUCAUUUUUGCAAGCACCAAUAAAUUAAUCUGGGGAAAAAGGCAUUCUAAUCAGACAACAUGGUGCACCCCACAUCAAUUUCAUCAUUAAAUUGGAGGAAAAAUGACCUGAUUCAAUCUACACUAAAAAGAGACCUGCAAAUUGACCAAGGAGCUACCCAGCUAUAUUAUGUGGGGGGAAUGUGUCGUUUUACCUUCCGGCUGCCAGCUCUUGUACAUGUAAGUGAAGACAUGCAAGUUGCCAUGGCAAGGUUCUUGAUUGACGGCGAGAUCCAGCGACACCUUGAGGGAGGUCGACUGCUGAAUUGGUGUCUCCAAACUGUGAAGCUCACGGCUGUACAUACAACAGGUGAUGGUAACUGCCUUCUUCAUGCUGUUGCAACAUACAUGUGGGGAGUGCAGGACAGUGAGUGCAUUCUACGACAACAGGUGUACAAUUCCAUCUGGUUGGAUCCCAAUGGAGUGCUCAGGGCACGCUGGGAACGUCAAAGAAGAAAAAGAAAUGCGUUGUAUCCUGGAGGUGGUCUUCAAUAUAGCCUUGAGGAUUGGGAAAGAGAGUGGCAACUGAUGGUAACCAUGGCAACACCAGAGCCACACAACCCAGUGAAUGGCCAACACUGCUACAGGUCUCUUGAAGAGUUCCAUGUCUUCACGCUGGCCAACGUCCUGCGUCGCCCCAUCAUCAUCAUCGCCGAUCCCGUUUUCAGAGAUGUGGAGGGCCAUUCCCUAGCUCCUGUCCACUUUGGAGGGAUCUACCUCCCUCUGCUGUGGAGGCCUCAGCAUUGUGUACGGCAUCCCAUCGUCCUCGCAUUUCAUAAUCAGCACUUCACACCGCUGAUCGCAGAGCAAGCCGUGCCAGCUCCAAACGGCCCUGCCUCAUCCCAGAGUGCGCCCCCUGUCCAACAGCAAGCCAUUCCGCUGACAGGACGUGAUCUACGGCCCUUACCAGUGCAGUACCUACAUCCCAGAGAGGAGAAUGGGGUUAUGGAAUUGCUGCAUCAGUAUCUCCACAUUGUGGAGGUCCCUCUCGGUGACAACGGCCAUGUCCCUGCUGCCAUGAUUGAUGGCCCAUCCGUUCCUGCCGAGCUCAACUUCAUCCCUGACCUGCUGCAGUAUGACUGGAGUGGCCAACGUGCGAGCGCCAGGGAAUCUGGGGCUCCGGAGGCUGAGGCAUCUGGCUCGCAAUGUUCCCAAGGGGCAGAGGGGCUGUCUGUGUCGGGGCAGCAUCAGGAUCAGAGCCUGUUGGUGAACAAGCUGCAACAGGUCCGUCUUGCUAACCCCCCUCCGGAUCUUCCUCUGAAUCCCCCAACUGAUAUCCUUCCAAAUCCCCCUGACCACCCUAUCAAUCCCCCUCCUGGUCCCUCCCCCAAUCCUCUUAUUCUCCUACCCGAUGCUGUAGAUGCAGUAGUCCAAACACAAGCACCUGGAGGAACAGUGGGGUCCCAAGGGAGCGUCUCCCAACAACAGAACCAUGUCAACGGUCCUCCAUCGGCAAGGCCACCAUCGGAAAACAAACCAUCGUAUGCGGCAGCUGUCAGAACAAACUUAAAGGCACCCCAUACAACAACACCAAAGAGAAGACCCAGUUUUCCAGUGGCAUCUCAGAAAAAAGAAAUGAGAUGCUUAACUGAUGGUUGUCCCAACAAACCGAUUCCAAGCCGUGGAAGGCUUUGCAAGCAAUGUAAUUCACAAAAGAGGCAACAGUCUAGAAAUAGGAACCCGUCAUCAGCACCGGCAACCAGAAGAAAGGAGAGGCCACCUUCAGCUGCAGGGGGAAGAUCAAUGUCUGCUCCCGCAAAAAGUCCGUCAAUGACAAGGAAAAUGCCUCCUAUGGAAGUCGGUGGAUCAACCAACCCAAAAAAUCAGAACGGUACAGACACAGGAAGGUCGGCAUAUCUGGCCAAUGCCUCUUCAUUAGAUGUGCCUUCUAGCUACAGUAAUGGCGUAAGCAGAGUGUCUCCAAGUACAAUUCAGGAGCAGAGAGUAGUAGCAAGUGACAUUGUUCCAGUCUCAGAGACAAAUGGCAGCUACUGCAACCAAAGAUCUCAUUGGUGAUAAUGUUACUAACUCUUCACACUGUAGAAGAGAGAGUUGUGAGGGACUUGCUUUAGACAACACGAGAGGACUGUGUUACCAGUGUUGGAGUGAGGAGCAAGCAAGGGUCAAGAAUAGCAGAACACAUGAACUGCCAACAACAAAUGGUGAAACCUCACAACCUGCAGCUGGUGCCAAAUGCGCUAUUCCUUCUUGCCUGAACAUUGUAAGAAAAGGAUCAGUGUGUGACGACUGCAUUAGAAUUGU